CUCUCUCGCCGCCUUCAAGCAUAAUGCAUGCACCACACUCCCACUAUCGGCGCUUUGGCUUCACCUCCAGCUCAAUCUCGGUACCGCUCGGUUUCCCUUUGCACGGGACCUGAGGAGGACACCUCCACGAUCGCUCGCUGUACCAAUACCCACUGAAAUGGACGUGAUGCACCAAAGGGCGCGAGAAGAAGACUGGAUGCCGGCCGGCAGGCCACCGAGCGGGCGACGGCGCAGCUUGGGGAACCGGCGGUGCAUCCUACGAGGCGAGGGUUUAUGCAGAAGCGAGCACGACAUGGAUACACGGAGAGCGCUUGCAAGGACCGAAGAGGCAGCCUUGAAGGACCUCGUCGCCAUGUUUAAGGUAGAGAGCGAGGAGCAACUCCCAGUAUCGUUCGACGUGCACCGGCUUUUGGAACUAGAAGAAGGCGAGCGACGGUCUUUUGUGAAGAACAUGCUCCAAGCCUACUCGUCUUGUACCGAUGCGACCCCGAUGUCCAUCGACAGCUUCAUCGACAAGUACCUGGAGCAAACGAGAAUUCUUGAUGCGCUUUUGGCGACCGGAAUCUGUUUCACAUGACCGACUACUUUUUUUUGCGAACGAGCGCGGUCAUUAGACACCUGUUGUGUGGUUGUGAUAUACCAUGUAUUUAGAAUAUGUUGAUGUGGGUGCGCCGACGUGCCACCGGGAGUGAUUGCCACGGGCCGUGCGUGGUUGUCCUUGCGACAGCUUGUGCUGGACUCGAGGUCUUGAUUGAUUGUCUGUGUAUCGAAGUUGGUGGUGGAUCGCUGUUUGAGGUUUCCACACAGCAUUACUCCCAUUGUGUUACGUAUUUCGUUGGCAUCUAUAACUUUGUGUUGUAUAUUUUAGUCGGCAUUCACAACUUGGUGUUGAGUGUUGAGUCGGCAUUUCCACAACUUUGUCGUUUUUACAUGUAUGUUGGGCCCAUGGGCUAUAGCUUCAAGCGCUUGAGCGCGACGCUCCCCCCUGUUCCGGCAACCUUUGUCGCGUGUUGAGAAGCCUUGCUAGGCGUGCUCUUGUUGGUGUUUUCUCACCGCCGAGUGCGUAUACAUUGGCUAUUUGUUUUGCGCCCGCACUUUGCAACGAACGGUGAAUGUAUGAUGACCGAUCCCUCUUAAGUUUCCUGGACUUUUGUGUUUUGUCGAUCGAUAGUGAGUGCUGUUCCUCGUGUCCGACGAGGGCGGCGAAAAUAGGUGAGGCGGGUAUUCAUGUAUGUACUCAAGAGUUGUUCGGGUGACAUUAUUCCGCACGGGAUGAUCAUCAUGUCAUGUGUAUGUAGUUCGGCGGUAUGUAUGUGCUUUUAAUUCUCCUGUAGACGCUCUUUGGUAUUGGCGUCAUCACGGGACUGUCUGGCGUAUAUAGCGUGAGAAACUCUGGGCCUGUUGUUUUUUUCCCGUCGAUAAGGUGCGCAAGUACGGGCAUUCGAGG